UGUAAAACGGGCUUCGUCGUUUUGCUGCGCUGCUAGUUGCCUUUGCCUGCAUAUUUUUCUCAUUCUUUCAUUUUAGUUUGUAACGAGUAGAACCAAAUCUGCGCAACGGGAGUUUUUCCUUAAAAAAGUGCUUUUUCCUUCGCUAAAUCAAGUAGUGCAGUUCGUAAUCACAUAUCGGAAAUCAUUGGCGAGUGUUUGAACGCAUAAAGGAGGAGAUUGCACAGAAGGAAGCGAAGAAAAAAAAACGGGCUUAAUGUAGGUGCGCGAUAACAAGGUGUGAGGAAUCUGCGAAUCAUAGCAGCAAAUUGUGUUCUGUUUAUAUCGAGAGUACGGAUCAUCGCCGUGCUGGCUAGCCGCUUUGGCGGAUAGUGCCCAGCAAUGGAUAUCAUCGACGUCGAAGAGGUGCUCGGAGAUGACUCAUUCAUUUGCGACACGGAACGAUUGGAUGAUGAAGUGGUGGAAAUUUUCAAACAAUGGAAAUCAUGCAGCACAACAGUCCCGUCCGGCAGUGGUGGUGCCGUUUUACCAGCACCGACUCCAGCAGCUUCCAACAGCAGCAGCAGCAGCAGUUUUAGUUCUAGCGGCACCAAUCACCAUCAUCCUCUUCAUCUUCAGUACACCAACAUCAUUAGCCCUCACAAUGUUACCUUCAACAACAGCGACAGUAAAGGUUCGAAAUUUAUCGACACACGAACAUUCACGAGACCGAAGAAAAGACUGGACUCUACAUUCAAUGCCUCAAACGCAUCCGCAGAAAUUAUGUCCUCCCUGCAAGAAACCCCCAUGAAAGCAGCCUCCCCGCUAAUGAAUCUACAAAUUGGUGGUCUGGUGACGAUGAGUUCCGGUAAUUCUUCUCUCAAUACCAGCCAGAUGAUGCAGAGAAGCUGGUUGAACGAUGUGUCCCCGCCGGGUUCCAUCAUGUCUUCGAUGGAGUUCUCCAUCAACGACAAGAUGGGCAGUAGUCUCAUUACCAGCGGGGAUUUCACCAACGUUAGCUACCUGUUGAAUGCCAACGGGGGUGAUGAAACCCAGCAGCUCAACUCCCACAGUAACUACGACGGCUAUAAACUGGCAGAUGUGAUAAAAGAUCGCAAGUUCCUGGAGAAUUUGUCGUGCUUCGAGGAUAGCUCUAUGGCCAAAGAUUUGGCGAUAUCGAAAACGGAUUUGAACGGAAUCGAGGAAAAUUUGUCCGGGUUCAGUACAAUGCAGAAUUCGCUGGAAAGCGUUACAAAAAGUGCGGAAGGGCGAGUGUCCGAUGUAACAAUGGUGCUAGGGAAUGGGAAAUCGGAUGCAACCUUCGAGAUGGAGGCGACGGAAGCAGCUCCAGUAGGUUUGAAAAAGUUAAAUGGUACUUUCGAGAGGCGACGCAAUUUCGAUACAUAUAGAAAGCCAAAAUCUAGUCUAAACCGUACAUUUGAUGCAUUACCAAAAGUUGAAGUUGGAGAACCAUUGCUGGUGAGAAACGGGACGUUUGACGCCGGUAGUAAUGAUAAACCGUUGGAUGAAACCUUUGGUUUAGUGGACAAUUGUAAUGAUACGUUUUCGCUCAAUCGAACUGCUAAAAUCAAUGGAGAUGAGAGGCAACUUAAUCAAACUUAUGAAUACUGCGAGAAAGAGUCCCCCAACGUUGCUCUUUUGAAUCGAACUUUUGAAAGGCCUAGAAAUGGAACAUACGUCGAAAGUGAGGCUAGUCCGAAUCCAAUCAAUGCGGGUAACAGUACUCCUAAUGGGACUUUUGAGGUGCCGGCAAAGAACGAGAACAACAGAGACUCGAUGGGUUUAGCUCAGUCGACUCCGUUUGUACAAGUGCCUAGAGCAAAGCGUAUUAGUGAUAUAAGUCAGUAUGAAGUCAACGUUUCCCCAAUAUCGGCCGUUCGUGGUCGGAGGUCUGAGGGUGCAAAACUAAGUCGGAAUCUGGAGAGUGAAAUUGCUCUGGAAACUGAUGAUUUCGAUGUGGAGUUCCGUCGACUUCCGGCAACUCCAAAUUCAAAGACUGAAAAUGGUUCGCAUCUAUUGGAGAACGAAAAGCGAAUAUCUCUGCAGCAAUUCGAGGAGUUUGAAAAGUCUGUAAUGGAAAGCGAACAAAAUGGUGUAGAUUUUGACGAAAUGCUGAAUUCUCUCACGGAUGUGAAACGAUCAAUGGACAGUGUCAAAUUGCGCCAAUCGUUGGAUAAUAUCAAAAAACGUCAUUCGCGAAUCAAUUCGGAGAAGCAACAGGACGAACUGCGAAGACGAGGUGACAUGAAUGAUUCUUUAUCUUCACCUAUGGACAAUAAGCUGGCAGAUUCGAUGAUUAGAAGUAUGUCAUCAUCCAGUGGAAGUGAGCGGUUGCUGAACCGUAGAAGCCGAUACAACGAUGAUGUCCACCUUACUUUGUCCCCGCAGCAGCCAACUGUGCAACCGAACAAGAGUAUAGAUGCUACUUUGCCAGAUGUAGAGCAGCAAACGAACGAACCAAAUGCGACGGAGAGCGUAGAUCCGCUUCCUACAGCCAACGAGGUAGGAAGUAGUGAUAGAAAAAACCGUGAUCGAUUCAAAACGAUACGCAUCAAUAAGAGACGCGAAGAAGGAAUGGUCAUAGUACCGGGUCCAGAGGAAGUGGAUGACAGUCUGCUUGAAUCGGCUUCUCUUCCGACGGAGGAAGAGCUGCCCGGUUCACCUGCAGUAGCUAACAGUGCCUUUAGCCGUGUGGAUUACAAUUCUCCGAAAGAAUCGCGACUUUCUUCCGCCACAAGCAAUGAACAGAAUAAGACUGAGGAAGCGGUCUUCAAACGACCGCAGGGUAUCCCAAAACCCGAAAGCAAAGUACGAUCAUUAUCUAAACCACGAUACUACGGUGCUCCAGGAAGUGGUAUCGGUUUGGCGAAGAAAGAGCUAUCUCUUCCGCUGAAAUCAAGCUCUACCGACAAUCUUGAAAAUGAUCGACCGAGUUACCACCAGCCGCAGUCUCCCUCGCACCUUCAGAGACUAUCAUUGGGUGGUAACAGGGUGGGAGCGGUUGAAAGUGGCAGAAAAAUCGGAGCAGCAGGUUCAGUACAGUCGAACCUGAAAUCGCCGAUGGGAACCAAAUCAAAAUCGUACCACAAUCUGUAUUACAACCAAAGCAAUCAUGGUGGAUCGAAUAGUAAUCUUAAUCGGAUUCCUACACCGCUGGGAUUGUCCGCACAGAAACUUUCGCACAAUAAUAGCAAUACUGAGCUGAAAAAUAACACUUCCAAGUUGCAGUUGAGUCUGCGACCGCCACGUGCCAGUUCAUUGGUGCGGCCCGGUACAACAACACCAGCGACGUUGAAAAAUUCUGCGCCCGAAAUCAAUACCCGGAGCAGAGAACUGAAUCCUAGCAGUAUUACCACGACAAGUUCUAAUCUAUCCGGCGUACAUAUGCGGGCACCGAAAGCGGGUUCUCGGCUAGGGUUAGUGCGACCUUCGUCCGGUUACUUUAGCUACAGCUCACAGAAAAAACCUGUAGACUCAGACACAGAAUCAAUCAAUAGUUUAUCAUCGUCAUCAGCUAGCUCUAGAGGAAGCUUGUACCGUGUAGAUAGUCAGAAUAUAGCUAAUAAUGUACAAAAUUACGCGACCCAUAGUAUUGAAGACAUUAGCGGCAGCGCCAGUGUAAUUAACGGUGGAAGCUUAGCGCUGCGGUCCAAUCUACCAGUGGAACCAAAUCGAACGGCAGUUAAUUCGGUCAAGAGCAUACCAGCAGCGGGCUUCAGUGCUGUAAAGCCAUCAGGUUUAAGGCCCCCUUCAAAUCUACGCCCACCGACCGCCCGCAGCGGUCUUCCCCGACCCACUAGUUACGUGAGACGAUAGACUGUGAGUGCUGCUAGUUCUAAGUCAGUUUUGUAUAGUUUUUUUUUAUCGAUCAGUUGUUUAGAAUCAGCUUGUUCUGAGCGUAAUGUAUUUUUAUCGAUGAAUGUCUCUUUCGUAAGGUGAUAUUCGAACAGGGUUAAUGCCUUCGUAGCCAAUCGUUCAUUUCGUUUUUUAAAUUGUAUAAAAUAAUGGAAAUUAUAUCAGAAUCCAGUUCAGUUUUUGCAGAGAACUAAGUGAAUGAUAUACGAUUGAAACGGUCGAUUGGGUUAUCGAUUAUCGCAACAUGACAAUUCGUGAGAAAAUAUUUGUCUUUGUGAACAUCGUAUACAGUGUGUAGUCUCUGCAAUGUCCGAAUAUUUUGCAUUUGCCGUUGUUACACGUUUUGUACAAUUGAGUUUAUUUUAUAAGUUUAGUGUUCAAAAUAUAUUCUUUAUUUCUUUAAAUUUGAAUCAGAUUCGAAGUUUUGUGCCGAUUAUGUCUAUUAUAGUUCAGAAUCAAUCAAAUUUUAACUCAUUCAUUUUGAUGCACUGAUUGUAAACUAUACCUAUAUAAAUAUCUAUUCUUGUCAGUGUUUUAGAACUGUUCUGAAAUAAAUAUGAUUUCGAAAAUUUUCAACCCUACUUUAAUCAGUUUACUAUAGCCAAUAGCAGCAAUGCCUAACAAAUAGUCUCUACAAGCAAAAAAUAUGCUGCUUAUUUAUCCGCUUUAUCUCCUAUUGGCACUCGUGAUGACCUAUUAAUUGCUAGGAUUCGUUAACUUAACUGAUUUUGCUGCCGUUUUUAACAAAUAUUACACUACCUAGAAUGUUGAAAUUUUGUUGUGAACUGCAUAAUGUACCAGCCAUUCGAUUGUCCUGAAAAAUCGGUUUACAAUGUUAUAAGAUUGUUCAAAAUUCCUCCCUCUGCAUUUUUAACUAUUUGUCGUCGAGUUCUAUUAUUUAGUUGUUGCGAAUCGAUCGUCUUUAUCUGUGUGAUAAAACCAGCGAGCUCUCCUUUUAUACAUCUAAGCCGUUAAUGCUAUUUUAGCUUCUAAGUUAGAAUAAGUCACCCGAAACCGAAUGCAACAGGCAAAUUAGUUUUCGUUAGUUUGUUGGAGAGUAUUUUCGCUUCCAACAUCCAAAACCUUUCCUAGGAGGUAUUCGAGAAGGAAUUGGUACAAUGAAAGACUAAAAGAACUACGAGAUUGAGAAAAAAAGUAAUAAGCAAAACAUUGACAUUAAAACAUAAACGUAUAAUAGUGAUACUAAUGAAACGUUAACUAAGAAUAAACGAACAUAUUAGUUCGCCACACAAAGCGAAUAUCAAUAAUCGCAGCCGUAAAACUCGAACCGCUUACUAAGCUAACCACAAAUAAAUACACAAAAACUGUGAAUCCAUGAUAUAUGUACCGGCUAUCGUUGGAUCACUAUCACGAUCGAUGUAUAAAUAUAUAUCUUGUCCAAGAAAUAUAUAUUUAUAGACUAGAUAUA